AUGGCCGAUGUUAUUCGGCAGCUCAAGAUCGUCAUGCCCGGGCUCAAGAUCAUCUAUUAUCGGCAGGAUAAUGCCGGCUGGUACCACUGCGGAACCACUCUCGUCUGUGCAGCAGCCCUUGGCCAUGAAGAAGGUGUCAAGAUCAGGCGUCUAGAUUUUCUGAUCCACAAGGGGGCAUGUGAUCGGAAGGCUGCGACAAUAAAGUCACACAUGAGGAUCUAUCUUAACGCUGGAAAUGAUAUCGAGACGCCUGAGCAGAUAAGAGACGCGAUGCUCUCUUUUGGUGGAGUUCCUGGUGUUAACGUAGCAUUGUGUGAGACUGUCCAAGUCCCGACGGUGCUAUCUUCAGCUCAGUAAUGUCGAGUACAAGGAAGAGGGGCUACUAGUUUGGAGGGCGUAUAGUAUCGGCGAUGGUAAACUCAUCCCUACAGACAAAUUGCAUUGCCCAUCCCCAUCUGACCUACCGACCCUUACCAAAGUUACUCGCUCUUAG